UACCUCUGCCACAACAUAAAAUGAAAAUCCUUAUCCUUUCUCCCUGUCUCAAACCUUACUUAGUCUCUCUCUCUCUCCCUCUCUCUUCUCUGCAAGUGGUAAGCUUUCGUCAAUGGCGUCUCAGAUCUAACCCAGAGUUUCAAAUCUAAAGAAGCACCCUCGGAAAAGCUGAGGGCUUUUUUUCCUUACGAACUCUGUGAAGUCGCGAAGCUCCUCAGCGAGGGUAGUUUUAGAGAGAGGGGGUUCUUGUAGUAGUUGUAAUGCUGAGAAGAAUGGCGAGCUCGUUCCCGGAGGAGGUGCUGGAGCAUGUGUUCUCGUUUAUACAGUCCGAUACGGACCGGAACGCGAUCUCAAUGGUGUGUAAGUCUUGGUAUGAGAUCGAACGGUGGUGCAGGAGGAAGAUAUUUGUUGGGAACUGCUACGCUGUGAGCCCUAGAAUGGUGAUCAGAAGGUUCCCGGACGUGAGAUCCAUCGAGCUCAAGGGAAAGCCGCACUUCGCUGACUUCAAUCUGGUACCUGAGGGCUGGGGUGGCUACGUCCAACCUUGGAUCGCUGCCAUGGCCACGGCGUACCCUUGGCUUGAGGAGAUCAGGCUUAAGAGGAUGGUCAUCACGGACGAGAGCCUGGAGCUCAUAGCGAAGUCGUUCAAGAAUUUCAAGGUCUUGGUGCUUUCCUCGUGUGAAGGAUUCAGUACUGACGGCCUCGCGGCCAUUGCUGGCAAUUGCAGGAAUCUGCGAGAACUAGACUUAUGGGAGAGUGAAGUGGAGGAUCUAAGUGGCCAUUGGCUCACCCAUUUUCCUGAUACCUACACCUCAUUGGUUUCUCUCAACAUUUCAUGUUUAUUGUCUGAGGUGAGUUUCUCUGCCCUGGAACGUCUUGUGGGUAGGUGUACGAACUUGAGGAGUUUGCGGCUCCACCGAACUGUACCUCUUGAGAGGCUAGCCAACCUACUCCACCGAGCACCUCAGUUGGCCGAGUUAGGCACGGGGGCCUGCCAGGCUGAAUUGCGACCUGAUGUCUUCUCAAACCUAGCAGGAGCUUUUUCGGGCUGCAAGGAACUAAAGAGCCUAUCUGGGUUUUGGGAUGUUGUGCCUGUGUAUCUUCCAGCCGUUUACUCUAUCUGCCCUGGGCUUACAACAUUGAACUUGAGUUAUGCUGCCAUCCAGAGCCAAGAUCUUAUCAAGCUUAUAAGCCAGUGUCAGAAUUUGCAGCGACUAUGGGUUUUGGAUUACAUUGAAGAUGCUGGUCUUGAUGCCCUUGCGACAUCUUGCAAGGAUUUGCAAGAACUAAGAGUAUUUCCAUCGGAUCCAUUUGGGGCAGAGCCAAAUGUGUUAUUGACAGAACAGGGUCUUGUCACUGUUUCUGAAGGCUGCCCAAAGCUUCGUUCGGUUCUUUAUUUUUGCCGUCAAAUGUCUAAUGCUGCUUUGAUGACGAUUGCAAGGAACCAACCUAACUUUACAUGCUUUCGUCUCUGUAUUAUUGAGCCAAAAACUCCUGAUUACUUGACUCUUGAGCCAUUGGAUACUGGUUUUGGAGCCAUUGUUGAGCACUGCAAGGAUCUUCGGCGCUUAUCUGUUUCAGGUCUCCUAACUGAUCGUGCUUUUGAUUACAUUGGUACUCAUGCAAAAAAGCUAGAGAUGUUGUCUGUGGCUUUUGCUGGAGACACUGAUUUGGGGCUACAUCAUGUAUUAUCCGGGUGUGAAAACCUUCGGAAGCUGGAGAUUAGGGACUGUCCUUUUGGUGACAAGGCUCUUUUGGCCAAUGCUGCGAAGCUGGAGACAAUGCGAUCCCUUUGGAUGUCUUCUUGCAAUGUGAGUUAUGGAGCAUGUAAGCUGCUAGGUCAGAAGAUGCCCAGACUUAACGUUGAAGUUAUUGAUGAGAGGGGACCUCUAGAUACUAGGCCGGAGAGCUGCCCCGUCGAGAAGCUCUACAUUUAUCGAUCUCUUGCCGGACCAAGGACUGACAUGCCUGAUUUUGUUUGGACCAUGGAGAAAGAUUCUGCAAUACAGCAGCUUUCUUGAGAUAUCAAGAAGAGCACCAAGCCCCAAAUUUCGAACCCCCUCAUUAUGCUUGAAUGGAUAUAUAUUUAUAUAUAUAUAUAUAUAAUGGCAGGUACAUGAUUUAUAUGGUUCUCACCUGUUCCCCCAUUUGAUUUAUGUAGCUUAAUAUAUUGCAGCUCGAAUUGGAGUAGGCCAGGGAAACGGAGAGUAUAAAAGAGGCUCAGAGGUCGAUUGCCAUUCAUUUUACUCUUUGGCUGAGCUAUGCGAUACCAUUUAGUACUAAUAAUUAAAAAGAUAUGAACUCCUGUUGUUGUUGUCGUAUGUAUUUGAACAGAGUUAUUUUAUUCGGGAAUUAUUCGUUCAACCUUGUAUACUUCUAUCUGCGGACCCCCACCUUUUUUUUCUCUUCAUCUUUGCAUGUUCAUGCAUUUAUUUUAAGCUGCAUUGGUUUCAGUAGGAAAGUAAUUAUCGUGGACCCAUCUGUAUCAUUGUUAGCCUUCUCAGGGAAUAAAGAUUCAUAUUCUAUUGCA